AUGGCUCUCACGCCUGCGACCCGUCGCAUUGAUGGUCCACAUGUCAGUGCAGAAAGUCGUCGUCGCGGGAGCUCUGGUGCAGUAUCAGAUGCUCCAAGUGGCAAGAGACGUAAGGUCCAGCGCGCAUGCGAUAAUUGCAAAUCACGCAAACGGAAGUGCUCAGGAGAGCAACCAUGUCCUCUGUGCGUUUCGCAAGGCUUGAUCUGUACCUACAUCACGCCUCAUGGCAGACAUCAGGACUCUCGACCUUCCAACACUAUUGUCCUUGAUGCUCCAAGUCAUACAGCCGGCUCGGGUGUGCAACCUCAAUGGCCAGGGGGAACGAUNUCUGUGUUGAGACCUGGAGAUGCAUUCAAUACCAACGACACUUCCAGAGCUGCUUCGCCGAACGGAGAGGGUCUCACGUCCGCAGGCUACCAGGGACCGACUAGCACUUUCUCAUUUCUUCGAAAAGCCUGGCGUCGCUUUGGCAUGGCAGAGCCGUCCAAUGCAAGCCAGGAUGCCAGAGAAGAGGUCUCGAUAUUUGCCUAUGGUGACAGAAAGGCGCCAGCGCUGGAUUCCUCGACUGUAUCCCAACUUCCAGAUCGUGGUGUUACACGCGCCAUGACUGUCCGGUACUUUGACUUCGCUGCUCCAACUUAUCGCUUCCUGCAUCGACCAACAUUCGAAUCGUGGCUGCUUAGCUAUCACGAACAGGAUGAGUCCCAUCAAGAUACUCUCCAGCCUGCCCGCCAAGCUAUUGUACUCAUGGUUCUUGCAACUGCAUGUCUGUAUAACGUCGAGACCGGAGAUGAAACAGACGCACCGCCUCACGAUGAGCUCGACACACGCAAGGCCGAGAUGAAUCACAAAUAUCUACGUAUGGGCGAGACAUUCUACCAGGCAGCACAACAGAAAAUCGUAGGCGAGACUGGUAAGCCCUGCCUGGAAUCUGUUCAGGCACGACUCGCCACGUCUCUCUACCAACUUAACACCUCGCGACUCAACCAAGCGUGGNNCACACUCGGUAACACGUAUCAACUUGCGCUCUCUAUAGGAAUACAUCGAUCACGGACCCCGAGCUCUGCGGAGCCGAGUAAGAUCAUCCGAGAGUGUCAGAGGCGUUGUUUUUGGGCUGUCCAUAUGCUCGACACGUACCUAAGCGUGAUGCUUGGGAGACCGCCUUACAUCAACGACACGUACAUCGACCAACGGUAUCCUGACAUCAUUGACGACAAUGAUCUACUCUCAUCUGGGACGAUCGCUCGUCCAUACCCGAAAGAUUGCAUACAAGCGGCUCCUGUCAUGCAUGCAAAGCUUACCCGUAUCGUCAAAGAUGCCUCCAAGGAGCAGGCUUUACUUCAUUCUACUCGUGAUCAACAUAUGACUGCAACAGCGCAACGCUUGGGGUCCGAGGUGGAGCAGUGGAAGAAGCAACUGCCACUGUUCCUCUCAGGCGGCAUCCAUCCUUCGAGUUUGAUCCCCAUCUUUCGCAGACAACUCACAGUGUUACAGAUAGGAUGCGCACACGCUGUCAUGAUCAUCACUAGACCACUGCUCUUAGGCCACCAUACAGAUCCGACGGUGAUGCAGCCACACAUUGAAAAAUGCUUGUCCGCUGCCAAAUUCGUCCUUGACCUGGUACACGAUCUUGCGGCAGAUAAUAAUUUGAUACCCGCGUUCUGGAAUACUCAAUACGUCACUUUCAACGCCUUGACAAUUGUCUACGUUUGGAUCAUGCAGCGGAAACAAGGUCGCCUGUCCAUCAUCUCCACCGAGCACGAUGAGAUGGCCCUGUUCGAGUUGGCUAAAUCAGUACAGUCUCAUCUGGCCAGGGCCACCAACGCAAAUUCUCCUAGCUUGCGCUAUAGUAUCAUUCUUGAGGAACUGCAGCAAGAACUGUCUUGUAUCCUGGAAAGACCUGAGUACAAUAAUGCAAACACUACAAUUGGAUUGACCUCAGGUGAGCAUGGUCAACCUGCGGGUGUGGACUUGUCACCGGAGGACAGGCGGUGGGAGGGACUGGGCAUGGAUUUCCUCUGGAUCCUGAGUUAUGGUUGCAACUUGACACCCUGCUGUUCAGUACAGUCGAGACGUGAGAUUCUCACGACAGUACUAUUUAUGCUUUGGAUACGCUAUCGGCUGAGAGGUUUUGUAUGA